UGCUGAUCAGACGCACCAAUUUGGUGAGCUGAGCUGUGCGCACCGAUUACUUUGCAAAAGACACUUUCGGGUUUUUUUUCUCCCGUCCCUCCUCCGGUGAAAACAAGACAGAAAAAGUAGCGAGAAGUCAGUGGCAGUGAUCAGACCCUCUCAAAACCCCUCAGCAGAAUUGACAGCAGGUGUGAAUUCAUGUCUGUAUUUUCCCCGCACAUCUACUGCCCAGUGUUUGUGCCCAGCCGAGAUAUGACUGAGGUGAUGAUCAGCAGCACCCCCAUGGAGGACAUGAGGCUCAGCCCCAGCAAGGACAGACUCUCCUUCCAGAUAUUCCCAGACCCGUCGGACUUUGACCGCUGCUGUAAGCUCAAAGAUCGUCUACCAUCCAUCGUGGUCGAGCCGACAGAAGGGGAAGUCGAGAGCGGGGAGCUCCGCUGGCCUCCAGAGGAGUUCCUGGUCAGUGAAGAGGAGGAAGAAGAGGAGGAAGACGAAGAAGAGGAACAGAGUAAUGGCAGCAUCCAAAAUGGACAGGCGACACAGAAUUCUCAGCACUAGAGGCUGUGUUGGAUCCCCCUCCAAAUUUAUUUUUUGUUUCUAUCUGAUUGACUUUUCUCCUUUUCACACACUGGUUAAACUUCACCUCAGCACUUCAGCAUACUGACACAUUCAGCGUCCUGGGAUGCCGUUUCGUUCCCCAUGACACCAAAAAAAAAAAGAAAAAAAUUACUCCCACCAGAGAAGCAAUACACACAUGCACUCUUUCUCACACAAUAAUUUAUCCCUCUGGACUGCAAAUCCAUGUAAAAGAUCAGAACCUAACCUGCACCUGUUUACCACCGCUUGUGUCUCGGCCCGAACCGGAUGUCCUGUUGGACGGUGGCAGCGCAGAGCUCCAUGGACAGGUCUUACUCUGCAGGGGAGCUACUGCUGCUCUGUGCUUUACUCCAAAAAUGGCUGGCAUCAUGACCCCAGAGACUUAAUACGUUGCAUUCAGAACUAUUGUGGUACCCGUGGGAAUUAUUGUACAGUGCACUGUCCAUGUUUGUGUUCAGUUUCUGGAUUGCUCUGUUAAUUAUUGUGAUUGCCACUGCUGUCUGUAGAUUUGUCCGUUUCUGGGAAGUGAAUGUUUUGUGACUUGUCUGGGGUUUUUGUUAUUUUUGUUUUUUGGAAAAAAUGUGUGUUUUUGUGCAAAAAUGUUGCUAUUUUUUAUUUGUCUGUUUUUCCCCUCACAGGAUUUGUCUAAAUGAUUCUUUAGUAACCUUGUGUCAGGCAUUCACAGUUUUAAAAAAAAAAUAUUAAAAAAAGGCAGCCUGGAUUAUUUUACAGAAGUGAGCAAAAAACAAGAGGGGUGAAAAAAAUGGCAUGCUGUGCAAAGUACCGGUGUGAUAAAUUAAUUUACAGGCUUGUUAUGCACCAAAGGCAGUGUUGUGCUAUGAUCCUCCCAUCACGUUGGCCUCCUUGAAGCCUUAUGAUGAACAGUAGUCGGAUGACGAAGCAAAAUGCAGUGAUUGAGGAUAAAAUGUGACGCAAACAGGUUAUUGUUUAAAAGAGAAAGUUGAAUGAGGAUGAAAAAAAUGUAACUUUUGAAAAAGCACUUGAUAAAGCAAUGUACAGGUCCAAUGAAGGAUGUGUAAAUACUUGUUCCCAGUGAGCCAACCCCUGAGGCCUUGUAGUGUGCUGAUCUUGUUUCUUUGGGUUUGUUUUACUCUUUAGAAACACUGAGCUGUACAUGUCUGAACUGAGAGUUGCCCGUGUUUCCUAGUCUUCCUGUUCUUUUUGAAAACGGCCAUACUUUUGAAGUGCCGGUUGUUGAGAAUUUACGCCUUUGGACAGACUUCACAGAUGAGAAUACAGGAAAUUCCUGAACCAGUACUCUUCAUUCACAUUUAAAAUGACUUCAGAUGUUUGCCAACAUAGCUGUUAAUGGGAAAUUGUAUUUGUUCUCUGGUAGCAAUAUCUUUUUUUAAAAUUUUCCUUUCAUGUAAUUUCAAAAGUGGCUCUCACUUCAACUUACUGUUUGUGCAACAAGUCUGUGGAAAAGAUGUCAUUUUUUUUGUGUACAGUCUGAUGUUACUGUUAUAGAAGCAUGACUGAGAUGUCUUUUUUUUUUAAUGUAAAUUCUCAUUUGAGUGGCAUUAGGGCUGUGUACAGAACAUCUCUCUCUUUCUCCUGUCUGUCACCUGCAGGUCCCACGUUGUUUUUGUAAAGCUCAGGGAGAUUAGCCGCCGUCUUUCUCUCUUUUUUUUUUUUUUUUUUUGUAUUUGGAUCCCUUUUUUCGGUGACAAUUACAAAAGCUGUAAAUAAACAUUUAAAUUUGCUAUCC